UCCGUUCCAACCAACCAUCCAGAAAAUACUCAAAGCCACAUUUCUCCCCCGCAACAAAUUACGGAAGGAAGCUCAAGAAAGCUCAAUCAUGGAGCUUAACUUCUACCUCACCCUCCUGUUGGGCUUUGUUUCCUUCGUCACCUUUUCUCUCUUCUUCCUCUUCUACAGGCACAGAUCUCAGUUCACCGGCAACAACCUCCCUCCGGGGAAGGUCGGCUACCCGGUGAUCGGAGAGAGCUACGAGUUCCUAGCCACGGGAUGGAAAGGCCACCCCGAGAAAUUCAUCUUUGACCGCAUGACCAAGUACUCCUCCGAAGUCUUCAAGACCUCCAUCUUCGGCGAGAAGGCUUGCAUCUUUGCCGGCGCCGCCUGCAACAAGUUCUUGUUCUCCAACGAGAACAAGCUCGUCACUGCCUGGUGGCCUAGCUCCGUCAACAAGGUCUUCCCUUCUUCCAUGGAGACUUCCGCCAAAGAGGAGGCCAAGAAGAUGAGGAAGAUGCUCCCCAACUUCAUGAACCCUCAGGCUCUUCAACGCUACAUCGGAAUCAUGGACACCAUCGCUCAACGACACUUUGCUGAUGGCUGGGAAAACAAGAAGGAAGUCGAGGUCUUCCCCCUUGCCAAGAACUACACAUUUUGGCUGGCUGCACGACUGUUCGUUAGCCUCGAGGACCCAAAGGACGUAGACAAAUUCGGCGACCCCUUCCAACUGUUGGCCUCCGGAAUCAUCUCGAUGCCAAUUGACUUCCCCGGAACACCGUUCUAUAAAGCCAUCAAGGCCUCCAACUGGAUCAGGGAGGAGCUGUACAAGAUCAUCAAGCAGAGGAAGAUCGACUUGGCCGAGGGCAAGGCGUCACCCACCCAAGACAUAUUGUCCCACAUGCUCUUGACUUGCGACGAGGAAGGAACCUACAUGAAGGAGAUGGACAUCGCCGAUAAGAUUCUCGGAUUGUUGAUCGGAGGCCACGACACAGCCAGCGCCACCUGCACUUUCAUUGUCAAGUACCUUGGAGAGCUCCCUCAUAUCUAUGAUGCAGUCUACAAGGAGCAAAUGGAGAUUGCGAACUCAAAAGCACCAGGGGAGUUGUUGAACUGGGAUGAUCUUCAGAAGAUGAAGUACUCAUGGAACGUGGCACAGGAAGUGUUGAGAGUGGCACCACCACUUCAAGGAGCUUUUAGGGAAGCGUUGCAAGACUUCGUCUUCAAUGGCUUCACCAUCCCUAAAGGCUGGAAGUUGUAUUGGAGCGCAAACUCGACCCACAAGAGUGCGGCUUACUUCCCCGAACCCCAGAAGUUCGACCCUACAAGAUUCGAAGGAAACGGACCUGCCCCAUACACGUUUGUUCCCUUUGGAGGAGGCCCGAGAAUGUGCCCCGGAAAAGAGUACGCCCGAUUGGAAAUUCUUGUUUUCAUGCAUAACCUAGUCAAGAGGUUCAAGUGGGAGGCGAUUAUUCCCGAUGAGAAGAUCGUGGUCGACCCGUUGCCCAUGCCCGCCAAGGGACUUCCCAUCCGCCUUUUCCCUCACAAAAAGGCUUAAUUAAUUAUCGACCUGCUUUACUUAUACACAAGACGACCGAAGUACCGGUUCUCGUCAAGGCUUUGAAGAUUUUCUUCUUUUUCGUUUUGGGUUAAUUAUUGUAUUUGUUGUUCAUGUUUCGUUUUAAAUUUAUGGCAUCUGCGUACUUGUGUAGCCAAUUCAAUCUGAACUUGUGUUAGUACGUGCCAUGCACUUGAUGUUUUAAAGACAUAAAAAUGUAUGAUAGAUCAGAAAUUACGAAUAAAUAACGCACCUGUAUAUAUCUGUCA